UUAAUCCAAACCCAGUCCAGCCGCGCAUUAGGUUCAGCACACACCAGAGGAUCUUUUUAAACCAAACUGCACACCUUAGAGACAAUGCAUCUGUCUCAGAUUGUGCUGUAUUUUAGCUUGCUGAUUGCUUUGGCUCCAGUAGUUUUGAGUGACCAAGAGACGCACCAGCAGCCCUCCGCUACCAGCCCAGAAGACACGGAGCAGUGCGCUACCUGCGAGGUCCGGCAGCAGAUUAAAACCAUGCGACUAAACGCGAUUAAAUCUCAGAUUUUGAGCAAACUGCGAAUGAAAGAAGCUCCUAAUAUCAGCCGAGACAUAGUGAAGCAGCUCCUGCCCAAAGCGCCGCCGCUGCAGCAGCUUCUCGACCAGUACGACGUGCUGGGAGAUGACAACAGGGAUGUGGUUAUGGAGGACGACGACGAGCAUGCCAUCACGGAGACAAUAAUGAUGAUGGCCACUGAACCCGAGUCCAUCGUCCAAGUGGAUGGGGAACCAAAGUGCUGCUUUUUCUCUUUUACUCAAAAGUUUCAAGCCAGUCGCAUAGUCCAGGCUCAACUUUGGGUUCAUCUGCGCCCGGCGGAUGAGGCGACUACUGUGUUCCUGCAAAUCUCCCGCCUGACGCCGGUCACAGACGGGAGCAGGCACAUACGCAUCCGCUCCCUGAAGAUCGACGUGAAUGCUGGGGUCAGCUCUUGGCAAAGUAUAGACGUCAAACAAGUGCUGGCUGUGUGGCUGCGGCAGCCGGAGACCAACUGGGGCAUCGAGAUUAACGCCUUCGAUUCGAGGGGAAAUGACUUGGCCGUGACCUCCACAGAGCCUGGAGAGGAAGGACUGCAACCAUUCAUGGAGGUGAAGAUCUCAGAGGGCCCCAAGCGUGCGAGGAGAGACUCGGGCCUGGACUGUGAUGAGAACUCUUCAGAGUCCCGCUGCUGCCGUUACCCGCUCACAGUGGACUUUGAAGACUUUGGCUGGGACUGGAUUAUUGCCCCAAAGCGCUACAAGGCCAACUAUUGCUCCGGGGAGUGUGAGUACAUGCACUUGCAGAAGUAUCCGCACACCCACCUGGUAAACAAGGCCAACCCCAGAGGGACCGCGGGACCGUGCUGCACCCCCACCAAGAUGUCGCCCAUCAACAUGCUCUACUUUAACCGAAAAGAGCAGAUAAUCUACGGCAAGAUCCCGUCCAUGGUGGUGGACCGUUGUGGAUGCUCUUGAGUUGAGACGGAGACCCUGGAGAGAGGGAGGGGAGGACGGAGGAGCUGCGGCUCAGUCCGCCUUCCAACUUCAGACUUUUUGACACAACCAAUCCACCAGUUCCAAUGCUUUCCUGCAGAACACGGUGCCAUAGAACCAGAGUAGAAGCCACAAACAGCCCGACCUUCCCUCAGGGCAGUGCUUUCACAACUGCCAUAGCUCUUACUUUUCUUUUCACCAGUGAAAUCUUAGCCAUAGAGGCUUGAAGUCAGAUGGCUGCGGAAAAACAUACACACGCACUCACACACAUGCUGGACCUUGGAGUGAAUGUAGGCAGAAACGAUCAAAGUUAUCCAAAAACUCUGUGUUCUGUGCUGUCCAUUUAUACACACAUGCCGACAGAUUAUACUCGUACGCCAUCCACUCCACUCUACUCGUAACCAACAUACAAGCUGUUACACUUUUAGCUAAACUAUGUGUUUGUGAUAAUCAUUUUUCAAGUUAUGUUUUCAGAGUGAAACCAGGAAUCCUCAUCCUCCUCACUCUCUGGAAGUGCAUGGAAAAACACUGCUGGAGACUCUUUAGAGUGGUAUUUCACACCGGUGGAACAUGUUUUACUACACAAAGGUUCAUAGCAGUCAAUAAAAAGAUGAAAACUGGCUGAAAACCUUUAGUCACUCCCACUUUAUUACUGCACCCUAUAAAAUCCCAGCCAAAAAUUGCAAAACUUACUCAUUUGGAAAAUCCUCCUUGCUGUAUUGGAUUAAAAUUAAAAUCCUAAAUACAGGUGGAGACGUGGUGAUUAUUCAUUCUUGAGAUCUUAUUGUCACAAAAAUGUUCCACCAGGGUGACGUACCACUUAAGGUCUUGACACAUCUUCAUGUACUCAAACAUACCCGACCGAGGAGCGUUCUUGCUCAGUCAUAAUCUUCACUCUUCGACAAAACAGCCAGACCUGCCCGAUACACUUGAAUUAUUCUGAUUGUAAAUUCACAUUACUGGACGGAAGGACUUGAACUGAAGGCACAAUGAAUGCAGCCUACAAAUGAAAAAUGUGUUUAAGACAGAGAAAACGGAUUGUCGAGAUGUAUGAAUGUUGAGAUCAUGCUUAAACUCUGUCAACACAACACAGUUUGCACUAUGGCACACCAAUAGAAAGAAUUGGUUGCUACAAAAGUUGUAAAAACUGAUUUUGAUAUGUUUGCUAAUUUGUAUUGUAUACAUAUGCCAUUGUUUCCAUUUGGAGUUGCCUUUCUAAACCACUGUUGGUAAAUGUAUAAAACCACAAUCUAGCAAGAUAAAAGAUGUAAUACAGCAACUCUAUAUACUUGUUUUAACAAAUAAAGUU